CAUCCGGUUACCACCGGAAGGUGGUUCCGGGGAUGAACGGGCACCGUCGAUCAAGAUGAUUCAGGACGAUGUACCGAUGUCGAUGACGGUACCACCACGCCGGCCACUACCAACGCGUGACUCCGAUUACAUACUCCCGGUCGCUCGUCGCCAGUCCACCGCCACCACCGAUUUCCGGUUGCCACUGUCGGCCAAGAUCAUCUCGAAGCCACUGUCGAAGCAACAGCAGAUCCAUCAAGCGAACCUCGCCCAAACGGCACGCCAGGUGAAGAAGAAGAAAAAAUCACAAGAAAAACGACAAGAAACGAAGGCAGCGAAAACGCUGUCGGCCAUCUUGCUGAGCUUCAUCAUCACCUGGACACCGUACAACAUACUGGUACUGCUGAAACCGUUGACCGCGUGCACCAAGUGCAUUCCGCAGGAGUUGUGGGAUUUCUUUUACGCCCUUUGUUACAUCAACUCGACCAUCAAUCCGGUCUGUUACGCGCUGUGUAAUGCUUCGUUCCGUCGGACGUACGUGCGCAUUCUGACGUGCAAGUGGCACACGCGCAACCGUGAAGCGAUGACGCGUGGUGUUUACAACUAAAGCGGGGGAUCCAAGGAGCGUUUGACAGAAGAAGUAGUAGGCUGCGCGCGCACGCUUUGUGACGCUACAGCGGAGGGAAAAAAGGCAUAAACCAAAACACCGGCUACCUGGCGCCUCCAUCUGUGGCGCCUCCAUCGAGAGCAUGGGAAUAUUGCUAUUAAUCUUUUUGCAGUUUUGCAUCGACCACGGCGACCCUUUUUAAGCGGGGGAGUGCGUUGGCGUUGUUCUCAGUCUCGGUUUGAAUAGUUUUCGAGACCCUUUCGUGGGUCUUUGGGUUCGCCCCCCGGGGGGGCAUUGUUGACCGGAACAAGUUCAUCUCGCCUUCUCUCGCUCGGUUCUCGAGAACGAGUUUGUUGUUCCGGCGAUGCGCUGUAAAAUGGCCAGUGAGUGAGCGAGCGAGAGAGUGAGUGAGUGUGGUUGCGUGUUUAAUUAAGAUUAAUGAGCACUCGCCCCUCCAAUCCACUCUCAAGGGAGCGCUACGGAUGGAGGCAACAGGAGACCCUCCAACAAAAACAAGAAAAAAUGUGACAAAAAAAUGGGACGAAAAGAAAAGGGGGAAAAUAAUGACUCUUUGAAAAAGAAAAAUCAAAUUCCCAUUCGCCGGUCGGUGUUGAAUGGGGGAGGAGGCGGAAAGUUUCCUCCCUUUUUCCCGUACCUAAUUCUAAGCGAAACCGAAAACUCUUUACCCGAGGACCCCCCCCAAAACAAUAGCAUAAAAAAAGAAGAAACAAAAGGGUUGGAAAAGACGCACAAUCGCACAAAGAUAGAGUCGACCGUAUGGUGCCCUUUUCUUCUACUUUCUCGAGAAAAUGCUCGAUUCCAUUGGAUCCAUCCUGCGGUCAGCCGCGCUCCGUACGAGCGAGCGUACUUUUGAGUUGGCAGCCCCCCCCCCUGGGGAGGUUGAAAGUUUGCCAAAAUGGAACGGAGGGAGAAAAGGGGGGCGAGCUCACCCUCGACUCGUUAAUUACAUUAAAUCCCAACAUAUAUCCCAGCGUGGCGAGGCGUGUGGCCUCUGUUCGUGUGUGUUUGUGGCGCCACUGGAUUUCUUAUUGGUCUCUCUCUUGCUCUUUGUUCUUCCCCGGGUAGGUUGACGCCGAUUUUCACAAAAAAGCUCACAAUCUUCGAGCGAAAUCCAGGCCACAUGCUUCUCAAGGGUGAAGUCAGAUAUUAUUUUGAACCCUUUCCAUUAUCCGAUAAUGCUGGUGAGCGAGCAAAGCUACUCCUUUUGAAGGUCUUCGGUAUGAGCGAAUGUUAGACGGUCGUUCGCAGAUUAAAACCAUCCCGAGUAUGUUACCAGAGCAAGGCGUCGAGGAAGGUUCGCUUCUUGUUGAUUAGCUGCUCUUGGGAUUUCUCAUUCAUUUGCUGUUCCCAAUGGAGCGAGAGAGAGAGAGAGUGAGAGAGGAUUGUUUUCCUUUUUGGCGAUUGUAUGUUUUAACGGCCUAAACCAAGCUACAAACUCGCAAUCCCUGAGCGUGAAUCCCCCUUUUAUCUCACUGUUUUUUCUCUCCAGAGCGAUCGCCAAAAUGUUAUGCUCGUUGUUUAUAGAGAUUGUUUUUUUUAUCUAUAAUGAAAUCCCUUGCUACUUCUAUUGUAGAUAGGUUUACAAAAAAAAAAGGGGAAAGUAAAGAAAUUGUGUAGAUUAUAUUUAUGUAUCAUUCCAA